UCAACAGGUGGUUUGCAAAGACAGGAGUCCAGGAAGAAAAGGGGAGGAAAAACGUUCGAAAAGAGUAGGAAAGAGGGAGAGAACAUCCAUCAGGAUGACGGGGAACCAAGAGAUGGAGGAUCUGGUGAUGAUGAUCAAUAGGCUCCAAGAUGCCUUUGCCACCACCUCUUCCAGUCUCAAUCUUCAGCUUCCCAUGAUCGCCGUCAUCGGCGGACAGAGCGCUGGCAAGUCUUCCGUACUCGAGGCCGUCGCUGGCAGGGACUUUCUGCCUCGGGGUAUCGGCGUUGUUACGAGAUGUCCGCUCAUCCUUCAAAUGAUACCAAGCAGCGAAGAGUACUUGGAGUUUUCGCACCUGCCGGAUGAGAGGUUCACCGAUUUCGCGGAAGUGAGGAAAGAGAUUGUUGCGGCGACAGACAGGGAAGCAGCAGACAAGGCCAUCUCCUCCAAACCCAUCAACCUCAGGCUCUAUUCCCCUCAUGUUCUUCAGCUCACUCUGGUCGAUUUGCCUGGUAUGACCAAGGUCCCUGUCGGGAACCAGCCUGAAAACAUCGAACAACUUAUCCGCGACUUGAUCUUGGAGUACAUCGAGCCCGAAAACACAUUGAUCCUUGCCGUGACCCCUGCGACAGAGGACCUGGCCAAUUCCGACGCACUCAAACUCGCUCGUCAAGUUGAUCCUAAUGAGAAAGAUGGGAAUGACAGGAACAUGAUGGAACAAGUUGGGACGACGGCCCUCCAAAAGUUGCUGAAGCGUCAAUUGGAGGAGCACAUUAGGGAGAAGCUACCGGGAAUCCGAUCCCACAUGAUGCAAAAGGAAUCCGAUCUCUUCGAACAGCUGCAAAUCUUGGGAGCUCUCGAGAGCAAGACAAAAAGCAACAAUGCGAUUUUCCAUCAAGUGAUGGCAUUGUUCGCCAAAAGCGUGCAACGUUGUCUCGUAGGUUUCACGGACGACGUGGAUAUCAACGAAAUACAGCUGGGCGUCGUCAUCAAUGAGACCCUCAACGAUGAGAUCAUUAAUGGCCUCCUCAAUGUG